AUGGUAGUGUCCACGUGGCCAGAUAUCUCUCACCUCUCCAUAUCAAGGGCGGAGCUGAUCAAUGUUCUGAUGCAGAUGGGCCAACAGGUCAAGUGGCCUCAGAAGAUGAAACCACCCGACUCUUUCCGGAACCCUGGUCCCUGGUGCGACUUCCACCGAGACAACGGUCACAAAACGGAGGACUGUGUCGCACUGAAGAUCGAGGUCAAUGAGUUGCUUAAGAAAGGACACCUCAGGGAGUUCCUUUCCGAGACGGCCAAGAGCCAUCUAGGCAAGGAGACAACGGGGAAGCCCACUGAAGCUGCUCCCGUCUCGCCACCUCGACAGGACCGGGUGAUUCACGUCAUAUCGGGCGGUUCGGAGAUCAGCGGCAUAAGACACGUAGCGGUGGAGAAAAGCACCUGGAAUGCCAAGCACGGCCUAGAGGCAGCCAAGCGAAAACGCCUGCUCCUAGGUACAGCCGAAAUAAGUUUCACGGCCAAGGAGCAGGAAAAGGUUCUCACCCCACAUCAUGAUGCCCUGGUCAUAUCGCUCACUGUAGCAAGCCUGGUAAAAAGGAUACUGGUAGAUAAUGGAAGCUCCGGCAAUAUCAUCUUCCAGGCCGUAUACAAGGAUUUGGGGCUGGAGGAAAGCGCUCUAACUCGGAGGAUAACCCCACUCAUAGGGUUCAGCGGAGAAGUCAAGUAG